AUGUACUACCGCCUCUUCAAGAUUAUGCAGCAACCUCACCUCAUACUGUUCUCGAAGGAUGCUCGAACCUGCAACAUGGACGCAAUGGCUACGACGGCCCCAAAAUUGCCUCCAGUGUUCUCUUGGGUUACUGCAGAUGGGCUUGCACUCUGGUUAGCACUCAUGUCCAGCCAAUACUAUCAUGCAUCUAUUGACGGUGCUCAACGCGCCAUCGGCGAUGGCAUCGUGUCUUCCCCUAAUCCAUCUUGA